AUUAUCAUGACGUUCUCCCCACUAUCUUUAACCUCAAAUUUUGACAUUUCAAUGUACACAAAAAACGUUCUAGAAAUUUCAAGAAUUGGAAUUAAAAUCGAUCUCACUCAAAUUAAAUGUUAAAUACAUACAAAAUAUGAUAUAAAUUAACUAUUUCAACAGUUGGAUUAUUUUUGGAAAGUAGCCGAACAAUCAUAACCUAGUCUUUUACAUAAUGAUUAAACUACCAACGUGUUUUCAAUAUUUCAUUAUAUAUAGUUUACAACUUUGUUCCUAUAUUAUAUUAAUUAAUUGCGGGGCCAAUAACUUGCAUCAUAUUGAUGGUACUUCUACUGCUGAAGUAAUUAAUGGUGAUGUCUUUUUUGAAAUAGUAGAUCCAGUAGAAUUAGAAUAUACUUAUAGGAUUCGUCCAGCCAAAGACUUCGGAGCGCCUUUUAAUGCCUCAUUUCAUAUUAAAAACGUACCUUUGGUUCCUAUUCUACCAAAGAAUGGAUGUAAACCCCCCGAUAAUUUGGACGAUAUAGAAGGAAAUGUAGCUUUUAUUGAAAGAGGUGAUUGUUCUUUCAAGUUGAAAACCCUCGUUGCAGAACGUGCAGGUGCCAGAGCAGUAAUAAUAAGUGAUGUAGUUAAUUCAAAUCAAGAAUAUUUUAUUGAAAUGAUUGAUGAUAACGCAGUGGAAGAAGUUAAUAUCCCUGCAGGUUACUUAUUAGGAAAAAAUGGUUUAAUGAUAUUGAAGACCCUGGAGAAGCUGAAAAAAAAUUUUGCCAUAAUUAAUUUACCAGUGAAUUUGACAUUUACGCCAAUACACGAAAUGAAUCAGCCUCCAUGGUUGGGUUGGUAGAUUUAAACGUGAUUUUAUGUAAUUUUAUUUUAUUGAAAAAAAUUUGGAUGUUUCCUGCUUGUGAGUACAUUAUAUUCAUUAAAUGAAUGAUUAGUAAGUAUUGUUAGAAAAUUAAUGACUAAUGAAGCAAUAAACACUGUAGAUAUUUUUAUAAAAAUUAUUAUUGGACGAUUUUGUAUGCUGAAAUUAGCAUAAACUUGAGUAUAAGUGGAAUAUGUGGAGGGUAGUUCAUGUUUUGUAAUUGUAAUUUCCACUGAAAAUUAGACGUGACAUUCAGAAAGUGAUCUAAUUCUUGUUCUGGGCUAGGAUCCUCAAUUAGCUGAUAGGUAAUCUAUCUGAACACAGGUUGUAGUUUCUGACAAGUCCUUUUUAUUAUUUCAUUUACAGGAUUGUAAAUAACAGUGGAUUUUACUUUUACAUAUUUAUAAACAUUUUGAUAUUAUAUAUUAAUAUAUUAACGAAACAAUGACACAUAAUAUAAAUCAAACAAAAAAGUUUUUUAUUAAAUACAGGGUGAUUGAUUAGUGUGAUAUAUUUCAGUGCCUCCUUUGUCUUUGAGAUAUCAAUCUGAAAAUUUGAGGGAUGUAUGUAUGUGGAUAUUGGGGUAUCAAAUACUCUGCGAUCCAAUGGAUCUAUUGUGUCCCUCUUUCUUGCUGCAAUACUGGGGAACACAGUGUUUGCAGCCGAUAUUUUUGAAAAUCCAGAAUGAAUUUGAGCGAUUAUAGCCAUCAUUAUUCUUCACAUUUUAAAAUUAUGUUCAAUCUUAAAUGAUGAUCCAGAAUGUUGUGCCAUAUCAUAGUUACAUUUUUUUUAAUGAAACACCCUAUAUUUUAUUGCAUAUUUGGAAUUAGCUUGAUUUCCCCAUUUCAUAAUAUAGGUCUGAGAUGUGUUUUACCGGGCAUUUAGAAAGUUCAAUACCCUAUACAAUGUAAGAGAAAUUCAAGAAUGCAAAUCUGUUGCGACCAAAGCAUUCGAAUAGUAGUAAUAAUUCUGGGAAAUUUUUUAUUUCGUUAAUAUUCAUUGAAUCUAAUACAGGGUGAAUCAAAAUACUAUUACAUUAUUUUCGAAUGAAUUUUAUUUUUCUCAAAAAAAUAUGGUUCUAGUACAUAUUCAACACUUCCCCACACAUUCAACGAUCAUCUAGUUUGACUGUGUGUCACUACGUGAUUUGGAUUAGCUGAUGAAUUACAGUGAAAGUUUGGCUAGUAAACACAACCAUUUUCAUUAAAUGUGGCUUCAUCUCCAAAUAAAAAAUGGUCGAAAAAGUCUCUGUUUAUAAACUUUUUGUGAAGUCUACCUACAAAGAGCUUGUCAUUUUCUAAACUCAACUUUGGACAAAUUUGUCAUGAAUUCUUCGCACACCGUUCAAGCUCAGUUCUUGUUUGCUUAAAUUUAUUAGUAGGCUGUAGCUUAUGGCGGCAGAUUUCAGGGUGCGGCAAAUUUUGUUUAAAAACUUCUUGCUCUUUACAUGGAGAAAGGUUUGGAAACUCUUACAGAAAUGAAAGUAUUUUGAUGAAAAUACUAAAUACUGAUGAAAGCUUUGUUAAAGGUACUUUAUGAUCAUGAAUAUUGCAACAGGGAUCUAAUAUAAUUGAAAUUUAGUUAUUUUCACAAAUGAUUUGGUUAUAAAUUUCAAUUAUAUUACUAAAGUUUUUCCUCUAUGUCUAUGCUCUACAAUGGGCUGAAGGUCGAUUCCAUGUCAAAGACUAAGGUACUACAAUCAGAACUCUUAGUGUGAACAGGUUUAAAGUGGAACUUCGGAAGCUGAUUCAGCAUAAUUUUUUUAGAAGCUUGUCAUAAAAAGACACUACACUAUUGUAUAAAAAUGUUGUAACCAACUUCUUAUUUAAUUUCACUUUUUAGUCCCAUAUGGCACUACCUGUGCUCCGGGUACUAUAUGCUAACAAAUUAUGUAUAUUUUAGUUUUUGUAAAUUUUUGUUUCAUUAAUAAAGGAUUAUUAUUGUUA